UUUUUUUUUUUUUUUUUUGUUUGAAAAGCUUCGUGCCCGCCUAUUUAGAGCAGCCGCUUUCCCUUAUCUCUAUUCGCCAUUAACCCUCAUCAUCUCCUUCUCUAUCUCCCCCCCUCUGUCCGUCUCUCUUCCUUUCUUUCUGUAGCAAUUGCAAAGUGUUUGGCGGAAUUAUUGAGAGAAGAAGGCCCCAGAUCACCGUCAGCGAAGAUGUACGUGAUCAAGAGGGACGGGCGCAAGGAGGCUGUCCACUUCGACAAGAUCACCGCCCGCCUCAAGAAGCUUAGCUAUGGCCUCAGCGAGAAGCACUGCGACCCCGUCCGCGUCGCCCAGAAGGUCUGCGCCGGAGUCUACUCCGGCGUCACCACCAGCCAGCUUGACGAGUUGGCGGCUGAGACGGCUGCUGCCAUGACCACCAACCACCCUGAUUAUGCUUCUCUCGCGGCCAGGAUUGCGGUUUCAAAUCUGCAUAAAAAUACGAAGAAGAGCUUUUCUGAAACGGUCAAGGAUAUGUACAAUCAUGUGAAUUCGAGAUCAGGGCAAAAGGCUCCUUUGAUUGCAGAUGAUGUUUAUGAGAUAAUUAUGAAGAAUGCUGCUCUUCUAGACAGUGAAAUCAUAUACGACAGAGAUUUUGAUUAUGAUUAUUUUGGGUUUAAGACCCUGGAGAGAUCAUAUCUCCUCAAGAUUGGUGGGAAGGUUGUUGAGCGACCACAGCAUAUGCUCAUGAGGGUGGCUGUUGGCAUCCACAAAGACGACAUUGAUUCUGCACUCAAAACAUACCAUUUAAUGUCGCAGCGCUGGUUCACUCAUGCUUCGCCCACUCUUUUCAAUGCCGGAACACCAAGGCCUCAGUUGAGCAGCUGCUUCCUUAUCUGCAUGAAAGAUGACAGCAUUGAAGGUAUCUAUGAUACACUGAAGGAAUGUGCUGUUAUUAGCAAAUCUGCUGGGGGGAUUGGUGUUUCUGUCCAUAAUAUUCGUGCAACGGGCAGCUAUAUCCGUGGUACAAAUGGUACUUCGAAUGGGAUUAUUCCUAUGCUAAGGGUGUUUAAUGACACUGCUCGUUAUGUUGAUCAAGGAGGCGGCAAAAGGAAAGGUGCAUUUGCUGUGUAUCUCGAACCAUGGCAUGCGGACAUCUCUGAUUUUCUUGAAUUGAGAAAGAAUCAUGGAAAGGAGGAAAACAGAGCACGUGAUCUUUUCUAUGCACUUUGGGUGCCUGAUCUCUUCAUGAAGAGGGUCUGGGAUGAUGAAACAUGGUCACUUUUCUGUCCAAAUGAGGCUCCAGGCCUAGCUGAUUGCUGGGGUGAAGAAUUUGAAGCCCUAUAUACUAAGUACGAGACAGAAGGAAAGGCGAAAAAGGUUGUGAAGGCUCAAGAUCUCUGGCACUCUAUUUUGACAUCUCAAAUUGAGACUGGAACCCCUUACAUGCUUUACAAGGAUACUUGCAACAGAAAAAGCAACCAACAAAACUUGGGCACAAUAAAGUCUUCUAACCUGUGUGCUGAAAUUGUUGAGUAUUCAAGCCCAACAGAGACUGCUGUUUGUAACCUUGCAUCAAUUGCUCUUCCUCGUUUUGUCAAGGAAAAGGGUCUGCCACAGGAUUCCCAGCCAUCCAAGCUGGUUGGCAGCAGGGGCUCAUCCAAUCGAUAUUUUGAUUUUGACAAACUUGCUGAGGUCACCUCUAUAAUCACAUCAAACUUGAAUAAGAUAAUUGAUGUUAACUUCUACCCUACUGAGACUGCAAGAAGAUCAAACAUGCGACACAGGCCAAUAGGUAUAGGAGUUCAGGGACUGGCUGAUACUUUUAUCUUGUUGGGGAUGCCGUUUGAUUCAGAGGAGGCUCGUCAACUGAACAAGGACAUUUUUGAAACUAUUUAUUAUCAUGCUUUGAAAGCCUCUUCUGAACUUUCUGCAAAAGAAGGCCCUUACGAGACAUACUAUGGGAGCCCAGCAAGCAAGGGAAUUUUCCAACCUGACAUGUGGGAAGUAACUCCAUCUAAUCGAUGGGAUUGGCCUGCUUUAAGAGAAAUGGUUGCAAACAAUGGCUUAAGGAAUUCCCUUCUGGUUGCUCCAAUGCCCACAGCAUCUACCAGCCAGAUUCUUGGCAAUAAUGAAUGUUUCGAACCAUACACUUCCAAUAUCUACAGUAGAAGGGUUUUGAGUGGCGAAUAUGUAGUGGUUAACAAACAUCUUCUUCAUGACUUGACUGAAAUGGGUCUUUGGUCUCCUUCUCUAAAGAACAAAAUAAUAUAUGACAAUGGCUCCAUUUACAAAAUACCGGAGAUUCCAGCUGAUGUCAGAUCAAUUUACAAAACUGUUUGGGAGAUCAAACAAAGAGUUCUAGUGAACCUUGCUAUUGACCGUGGAUGCUACAUAGAUCAGAGUCAGAGUCUGAACAUAUAUAUGGACCAACCUGAUCAUGCCAAACUUACUUCUCUGCAUUUCCAUGCUUGGUCUAAGGGUUUGAAAACGGGGAUGUACUAUCUACGCUCCCGUCCUGCAGCUGAUGCAAUCAAAUUCACUGUAGACGCUUCUAUGCUUAAGGAUAAACCGUUAACGGUGGAUGAUGAUAUUGAGACGAAGAUGGCGCAGAUGGUUUGUUCCUUGGAAAAUCGAGAAGAAUGCAUGGCAUGCGGGAGUUAGCCGUACUUGAUUACUUUUUUAUUGGAGACUGCCAGGAUGGUCUCCUUAGAAAAUCGAGAAGAAUGCUUUGCCUUGGGAGUUGGCAAAUAUUAGAAUGUCAUCUUGGUGUUAGUACAAUAUUUCUGCCACGAGGCAGGCAACUGCAGGCUGGAGUACAUCUUCUCCAUUGGCUAUGAUUUGUUCACUUCGGUGGACGAUAUUACGCGAGAGGAAGAAUGAGAUUGGUUGUACAUAUGAAAGUUUUUUCUUUAUAUCUAUUGGCAAUGACCUCUAGUAAGUUUGAUCUAUUGGACGAAUAGUGCUUGUGACUUGUUCAAAUAUCUUCCUUAAUGCAAUGAAAGGCAAAAUGGGCAUCUCUCCCCCCUUGUGGUUA